AUGGAGAUUCUCCACGAAGCACGACUGCUACAGUUUGUUGGGAAUCAUCCCAAUAUUGUACAGGUCUUUGGUAUUGUACACGCCAAAGGAAAAUUUCAUUCUGUGCUUAGCUGUGAAGGGGAUAGCAGCAUAAAAAUUUUGCUGAAGCGGAAGGUAAUAUUUCCCACAGAAGACAUAAUGAAACAAAUGAUUAUUGGGCUAGCUAAAGCACUCUCUUUUUUAUUUGAUAAAGGAGUGUUACACAACAACAUAAUUCCUAAAAAUGUCAUGGUGAAAGGUAGUGACUUCACUCCGGUCAUUAUCGGGUUUUCAUUCGCAUGUCGAGUGUCUUGUGCGAAAUCUAACGUUAAAGACGUUUCAAAAAGAACUUAA